AUUCGACGCAGUAUUUUUCUUAUUCAUUCGUCUUAUCGUUUUUACUAUUGUUUUCUACGUUCCGUUUGCCAUUGAGUUUUCGAAAGAAUGGCACCUUUUGAUUCGUUUCUAAACCGUUACCAAGUCGCCCGAUUACAUACGUUAUGCUGCGGAUGCAUCAAUAACCGACUAGGCAGUAUAUUAGCCUGUAUUAUAUGGACGGGGUUUAGCUUUUAUUUUGCCGUCAUGGCGUUUAUGCAGAGCAGCCCUUUCUUUUCCUACAUUCAUGAAGCACCAUUGAUUAUCUUUGGGGUGGUAAAUUUGAUCUUUGGAUUGGUUAGUCUGAUCAUGCUCAUUCUUAUGUUUGUACUUCCACGAUACGCUCAAGUGCGAUCCCUGGCCUAUGUGAUUGGAUUCUUUGUCAUUGCCGUAUUGGCCGACACGCUGGUGAAUUUUGUACUUUUCCUGAUCCACAGCGACGAUUUCCAAUCGCGGUGUAUCGAGGAUGCGCAGAAACGGGUUCAGCACGAUUUUCAGCAGAACAAUCAAGGCAGCCUUCAAAAUGCUACGCUCAAUAUAGCCUCUGAUUACUACAACUGCAAUCGGUUGUACCAAGACGAAGUCAAAUGGUCGCUGUCGUGCUUGGUAGUCAUGUAUAUUACUUAUAUCCAUUGGACCCUGGUGGUUGCUUCCUAUGUAGGAUCCUCGUUUUACUUUAUCCCUCCUCCGCCUCCUCCCGUGGUGCCUCCGGAAGCAGUACCUGUAGAAAUGGUCGGCAACCUCCCUCCUAGCAGGACCAAACGGAGCGAAUUGAAGAAUAUGCGACCGCCGCAAUCGCUCAAACGGGUCUUUGCUCGUGACCGACAAUGGCAACACGAACGAUGGGAUAAGAUCCAAAGAGCUGCUGGUGCCUCUCCAUCACUGCCAUCGACAUCUGAUCCAGAAAAAGCAUUAAGCCAUGACUAUCUGCAACGAUAGUGUUAAUCAUAAUAUCAUCAGUCUCGGUCCAUUUGAAACAAUUUAAAUUACCUAUACCCAUCCUCUCUCGCAAAUAGUUUAUGGAUUGAUUAAAAAAGAUCAUCAAGCGAUCUGCUUACCAUAGAAUUUUUUUUCCUGGUCAUCUUUUUAUUGCUGAUCGUUGUCGAUUAAUUCACUCAUUAUUUCGGCAUCAGCAAAAACGAUAA